CGACUAUAGGCACGAGAAGACACAUAUGCUUGUCGCUCUGUCGCGGUCUAUGUCGAAAGUCAGUCGUGAGUGGCCUUGUGCUCGGCUCUGUCUCGCUUCGCCUUGCGCCGUUGCUGCAAUCUUCCUCUUGGCUUUAGUUGGCCUGCAGCUGCAUGUUGCUUCCAGCGCCCUGAAAACAUUCAUAAUCAGGCCAUACCUCUCCCCGACCCGGCCAAUAACCCCCUCCCUCCUGAUAACGCACCUGUGAAUCGACUCGACAGACCGCCGUGUGGCUUCACAAUAUUCAGGUCUGCACUUCACCCUGAACCUCUCCGCACGCUUGUCAUUUGUGCGCCUCUUUCCGGCGACUACCGGCCUGUCGCGCUAUACAAGCUCAAGCGCGCGGCUUUAUAUAUAAACACUUUUGGUCCGCACGCGAUCAAACUUGUCCCGGCUACAAACAGAGUCGACAUACGUCACUGCCAGUCUCGAAGCAAUCACCACCCAUAUCAUCAUGUCGACUAGUCCCAAAGUUGAGGCUACGGAGGUGUCUAAGGUGGAGGAGAAGGGACAGCGAGACUCCUUCAAGGAGGCCGACGAGAAGGCUCCUUACAUCGACGUCACUUCGGAGGAUCCCGAGCAUGUGGAGGGAGCCGCUCUUUCCCAGAGCUACCUGAAGAAAGUGUACAUCAUCAACCGCGUGAUGAAUGAGCACGUCGGAUUCUCCAGAUGGCACUGGGGUCUCAUGCUUCUUUCGGGUUAUGGCUGGCUCGUGGACAACCUUUGGCUCCAGGGUGUCGCCAUCAUUCUGCCUCAGGUCAACCGUGAAUUUGCGCCCCAACACGUCGAGUGGAUGACCUUUGCGCUCUACAUUGGUCUCAUCCUCGGUGCUGCAGGCUGGGGUGUCGCAGCAGACAUCAUUGGUCGUCGUCCCGCUUUCAACAUUACCCUUUUCCUCGCUGGUGUAUUUGGUAUCGCGGCUGGAGGUGCUCGCAACGAGGUCGCUCUGGGUGGUCUGCUUGCUGCCCUCGGUGUCGGCCUCGGCGGUAACUUGCCCGUGGACGGCAUGCUCUUCCUGGAGUUCAUCCCCGGAUCCAAGCAGUACCUUUUGACCCUGCUCUCCGUCUUCUGGUCUAUCGGCCAACUCAUUGCUUCCCUUGUUGCAUGGGUCUUCAUCGUGAACUACACCUGCUCUGGGGACAACUCUGACAUUGCUACUUCCGGCGUGUGCAUCUCUUCGGAGAACCAAGGCUGGAGAUACACUUUCUACACUCUCGGAGCUGUCACACUGGCUGGAUGGUUCUUACGCUUUGUCGUCUUCCAAUUGCCGGAAUCUCCCAAGUACCUGCUGUCUCAGGGCCGUGAUGCAGAAGCUGUCCAGGUCGUCAAGGAGAUCGCCCGCCGCAGCGGCAAGGAGCUUGGUGACGACAUCCUCUCGGUAGCGCUUCUGCGUUCCGCUGCUGGCGAAGCUCAUGAGAUGUCAGAUGCUGACGAGAUUGUGCCCGAGAAGCGCGGUCUCGCAGGUCUUCUUGCGGUGCCCAAGCAGCUCUUUGCGGCCGCAAAGAACUUCAGCCCAUCGCACUUGAAGCCCGACCUCAAGCUUGUGAAGCCUCUCUUCGCCACGCCUAAACUUGCCUACAACACUUCGAUCAUCUUUGUGCUCUGGUCCUUCAUCGGUCUCGCCUACCCGCUCUUCAACGCUUUCCUGCCUCUGUACCUCGAGUCGAGGAGCGUCGGUACUGGAAACGCGAGUGUCAACGAGACCUACUCUCAGUACGCUUAUAUCUCGAUCUGCGGUGUGCCCGGAUCUCUGAUUGCUGCUUGGAUGGUCGAGAUGCCUCGCUCUGGACGUCGCGGUGCUAUGGCGCUCGGCACGCUCCUGACUGGUAUUUUUGUCAUCGUUUCCACCCAGUCGCCAAACAAGGGCGCUUUCUUGACUUUCCUGUGUCUCGAGGCACUGUUCCAGAACAUCAUGUACGGUGUGCUCUACGCCUACACCCCCGAAAGCUUCCCAUCGCCUGUUCGCGGAACCGGAGACGGCAUUGCAAGCUCGCUCAACCGUAUCUUCGGAUUGAUGUCUCCCAUCAUCAGAAUCUACGGUGCUUCGGAGAGCGGACCAGGUGUCAAUGCACCUCUUUUCACAUCUGGCGCCAUGUUCAUCUUUUGCGGUCUCCUCAUGCUCACUCUGCGUGUGGAGAGUCAAGGACGCACGGCAUUGUAAAGGGCACCGGCACCGCUCGUCUCUCUUCUUGCGCUUCUCUCAUCCCGGGCCGCAAAUCAGAUUCACGCUAGUGCUUCUUGCGAACCCGGAACGUCUGGUCAAUAUCUCACGUAUCACUGAAAAUACGAAAUGUGUCGUGCCGACGAAAUGGAUACCUUUGUUCUGAUUGGGCAAUCCUUUCCUAAAGAUGUGUGCCAUUUGUCUAACGGGAGUGCAACCCACAGUCUCACCGAGAUCUGUCCCGUCUGAUCCGCCCAAAGCGCCAAUUUCGCACCGCUCU